AUGGGAAAUAAUCUUGAUUCAGGUUUUCAAUCUCCUCCACAUAAAUUCUUGAAAGACAUCCGCAAGCAGACUAACUACAAACUUAGAAGCAUUGCUGUAUCGCAACGAAGACGAAGUAGCUAUGGCAUGGAAAAAAGAGAAGAAAAUACUUCUGCAGAAGCUGAAGUGAAUGCACUUUCCGUUAAAAAGUUCAUAAUAGGUAACCCAUCUUUUCUGGACGAUCUGAUAGUCAAACACGUUUCUCAAGACCGGGUCAGAGCUUGGCUUAAAAAAGCAAAGCAGGAUUCUGAAGCAUCGAAAUCUGUAGAAGAUCGCAUACGCACUGUGGAAGAGAUUUCUGAGCGUAGUUUACGACACUUACAGAUUUUGCUCAUAAAUCGCAGUUUCCUUAGCUACCCUUUUAAGUGGAACAGAGACGAACUGAGUGACCUUUUAGAGUUACCAGACCCAGUGGAAUCGAUUCACAAAAUCAAUAGUCAUAGCUUCAAGUACACCGACGUACCAGUAGAUCAAAUAAACAGAUAUUUUAUUCAUAUGGUGAAAAACCUUCUAGGGAAACACGCCUUUCCCAUGCCAGAACUUUGUUACUUUCUUUGCACUCUUAAAAGGAAUUACUAUAAGGUGGAAUAUCAUAACUAUAACCACGCCUUAAGCCACGCCCAAUGCAUGUAUUGGGUCCUAUUAAAGAAUCCGGGUUUGUUCACAGAGCUCGAAAUGAAAGCUCUGAUGAUUGCUUCAUUGGCGCAUGAUGUCGGACAUCCAGGAUUUAAUGAGGGUUAUCUGAAGACCUUCAGGGGUGGUUUAGAAAAGCUGUACCAUACUCCAAUGCUUGAGAACCAUCACGUCCAAACUUGUUUUCUAAUUCUGCAGGAUAUCAAUUGCAACGUAUUCCGUGACUUCAACGCGGAUGAUUACAAGACUAUACUGUCGGAAGUACAACAUGCUAUUAUUUCGACCAGUUUAAACAGAUAUAAAAUGCAGACUGAGAACUUGCGUCAUUUGAUCGCAUCCGGCUUAGAUCUAGCACAAGAGCAGGAGAGGGGAGCUCUCAAGUCCGUUCUGAUGAUGGUUUGUGACUUGGGCGGUUGUUGGAAACCUUGGCAAGAACAUAAAAGCACAGUUUGGUGUCUUUACAAAGAGUUUUUCAACCAAGGAGACAAGGAGCAACUUUUUGGAGUUGAUAGCAUACCGCAAAUGCAGAGAAAGAAUUCGGACCAAAUCCCCAAAUAUCAAAUAUCGUUUCUCGAAACCAUGGUGUUACCUAUUUUCCAAAUUGCAGCAGAAGCACUGCCGAAUAUUAAAAAAAUUGUUGAAUCUACCCAGGAGAACCUGGAACUUUGGACCACGUAUUUACCAUAG